GCCAUCUCAUUUCUCAUGGAAACUCCAGUAACGUGAACCGGACAGAAGAUUUCCGAACGCGGGUCUCAAAUGCUGACAGUCAUAAAUCAUCAUACACCAUACAACUAUAUGUACUAUAUGAAAAGCCAUGUCAUCAUAUCCGGGAUAUAUGUCCGUAAAUUUGAGUAAAAUCACAGUCUUCACUUGUCCGUGCUAAUUCGCGCCACACGAAAUAAAGAUGUGGGGAGCUCAUUUCUAAAUCACACGAGGUCAGUAGAUAAUACUAAUCUCGUGCGAAGAAUUCUUAAAUAACAUUUAUCAUAAUGAUCAUAACAAAGAGAAAGAACAGCAGAUGAAACUGUUCCCGUCUGUAUUAACAUAACAAGGGAGCUGCGGUUUUGUGUCAUCUAUUGAAAUAUUGAGAAGGACGCGAUGUCUGCAUCCGUUCACAGUUUUGAAAUGCCUUGCCAAUAUUCAUUCUUGUUUUCGCACGAGGUCAAUCACAUUCCCUGUUUCUUUGUAAACUGUCAGCAGUGCGUUCUUAUUUUUAUUUAAAACUGCUUGGCUUUUAAAAGUAAAAGUACUAAACGCCGCCAUAAAUAAUAUCAUUAAUCAUUUUUGUUGUUGCGAAAACGACACUUAACGAAAUUCAUGGUUAAAACUUAUGGGCUAAAAGUGGGUUACUCGAUGACUAUGGUAUAUGCUUAACCGAGACGUUGAAAUAACAGCUAUCGCUUGCUGGGAGAGUUCACAAAUUAAGAAAACGUAACCAAGUAACGGGAGAGCUAGACUUCCGAUGCGCAGAACAAUUCGCAUUUGACAUGAAUGGUCAUAUGUGGAUCGUCUGCGCAGUCGCAUGAAAUUGAAAACACGUGAAUCUUACUUCAGUGAUUACACUAAGUUUGCGAUUGGCCAUUGACGUUGCAAUUUACCAAACGAGCAACGGGAGCUCAUAAAGCAGCACAUGAGCCUGUUUGUGCGAUAGAAGCGCGUGUACUUUCUUCGAGCAUUAUCACACAGAAUGGCGUUUUGUAAAACCCGGGGAUAUGAAUUUAUUAUCCUGUUUGCGUUUACAUUCAGCACUUUAGUACACUGCAGAAGUUUGCUAGAUUCGUCUGUGGCACAAACAACAAAAGUUAGCGAUGACGUGGAUAAGACGUUUUCUGAUAUAUCCGAUCAAGAGGGAUUUAAUGAGCAGUUCGCUGAUUUUGACUACCCUAACGACGACUACAAUGUCUCUGAUCUGCAGAGGAGCGCUGUAAAAACUAGCGAUGAAGGGAAUACAACGUUGUCCGAUCAAGAGGGAUUGUAUGAGCAGUUUGCUGAUUUUGACUACCCCAUUGACGAUGACCACUACGACGAUGCUGUUUCUGAUCUGCAGAGGAGCGCUGUAAAUACAACUAGCAAUGAAGGGGAAAAUAUGCUAUCCGAUAUGUCAGAUCAAGAGGGAUUUUAUGAGCCGUUAGCUGAUUUUGACUACCCCAAUGACGAUGACCACUACAACGAUGCUGUUUCUGAUCUGGAAAGGAAUGCUGUAAAUACAACUAGUGAUGAAGGGGAAAAUUUGUUAUCUGAUUUGUCCGAUCAGGAGGGAUUUUAUGAGCCGUUAGCUGAUUUUGACUAUCCCAUUGACGAUGACCACAACGACUACGACGAUGCCGUCUCUGAUCUGCAAAGGAGCGCUGUAAAUACAACUAGCGAUGAAGGGGAAAUGUUAUCCGAUAUGUCAGAUCAAGAGGGAUUUUAUGAGCCGUUAGCUGAUUCCGACUACCCCGUUGAUGAUGAUGAUGCUGCUGUCUCUGAUCUGCAAAGGAACGCUGUAAAUGCAACUAGCGAUGAAGGGGAUAUGUUAUCCGAUAUGUCAGAUCAAGAGGGAUUUUAUGAGCCGUUAGCUGAUUUUGACUACCUUAUUGUCCACGACUACGAUGAUGCAGUCUCUGAUCUGCAAAGGAGCACUGUAAACACAACUAGCAAUGAAGGGAUUAGUAAAUUAUCCGAUAUGUCAGAUCAAGAGGGAGUUUUUGAGCCGUUAGCUGAUUUUGACUUCCCCAUUGACGACGACGACGUUGCAGUCUCUGAUCUUCAGAGGAAAAACUAGAGAUGAAGGGGAUAAAAUGAUAUCUGACAUGUCAGCUUCUACGACACUUACCCAAAAGCCACAUUGUCCUUUCUAUCCUCAUCUUAUUUUUACACCUCUGUUGAUGUUUGAAAUAAAG